AUGGAACUCAAUACUACAAAGGCUACUGGCCAGGGACUGUGUCCAACCCCAUUUCUCCAGGAAGACCUUUUCCCGUCUGUGGGUGGUUUUGUUGAUGGCAGAUUCUGUUCAAGUCUUUUAGGUCCAUCAUGCUGUCUCCCAUGUCCCCAAGCAGAUUGGCUGUAUCCGGACAACUUCGCUACUAUUACCAAAUCCGCCGAUUGGAUCAAUGUUGUCGGAAUAGUCUGCUCGAUGUUCCUAAUAGUGUCUUUUGCCAUCCUUCCAAUCCACAAAACACAUCGACACUACUUAAGCGUGUGUCUAGCUAUUGCAACUGUGGUUAUGCAGCUGGGCUUCAUUAUUCCUCUCGGCGCGAAUCCGAAUCAAUGCUUUAAUGCGAUUACUCCAAACGAUAUGAACACGAGCAAGCCAUGUGCGCUCUCCGGGGCCUUCUUAAUUGCUGGGGGGUGGUGCGGUGUGAUGUGGGUGUUCUUAAGAGCCGUGGCGCUGCAUCUCCAGAUAUGCUGGCAGGUGGUGAUAGGAAAGGCGUUCAUGUGGGGUGCUCUGGCGACAGGAUGGGGGAUACCAGCAAUAGGGUUGACUUUUUCCUUGGUAUUCAGCGGCGUCUCUUUCAGAUUUGGAGAAACAUGCCACAUCAACCACAGGCAUAGUCUGGCUACCUUAUGGAUUCCGCUCCUGGUAUUUGCGGGGGUUACGGUCAUCAUUCAGUUUGCGACUUUUGGCUAUUGCAUCAAAGUCUACGUAGCAUCCCUUGCCGACGACUCAAAUACCACCAGUAGCUCUGGAUUACCAUCCUACAACAAUAGUGCUCGAGAAACUAUAUCGCCAAGGCAAGCAUAUCGACGGGUCCGAAGGGUCAUUGAACUACAAUGGAGAGGUAUUGCAAUCGUUAUCCUAAUCAUUGCCGAUGUCAUCUUCUUCGCCGUAGUCUUUGUUUUCAUGGAUGAUAUCGAGGUCGAUGUCAUCAAAAGUCCCACGAAAUCAAUAGAUUGGAUUGAGUGUCUAAUAAAGACAAACGGAGACAAAAUUGCCUGUCUACCUUUUGCGAAAUCCUUGGUUGUCAACGAAGCUACCGUCAUGUCCGUACUUGUAUUAUUGUCGCUGAAUGGUAUUUGGUGUCUAUUCCUCCUUGGCCGCUUCUCGAUGUUCGUAGGCUGGUGGGAAAUGGUUCGGGGCACGGUGAAGCCAUACAAAACUGAAUUCAUUAGCGCGGAUGUUGGACAAUUCAAGGACCCCGGCACGUACGAGAUGCUGGGUCACGAACGGGACAAUGUAAAGACGCCAGAGCCACUCAUAUCUCAGCCCAUUACACCAUUAUCGCCAGUGGCUAAAAGCGGGCGGGAAACGCCAGAUUACUUUGGGCGUGAAGCUCGAUAUAACUCACCCUCGCGCUCUUUCAGCUCACCAAAGCCACCGCAAGGCCAUAGUUGGGACUCAACUACGUCGCACGCACAGCCGCUCUAUUAUGAAGGAAUGAACCCUUUAGCGAUAAAUAAGAUCUAG